AAAAGCUCCCGGACGGGAAGACGACCUGGCUGCCCCGAGAUCUAACCAAAGCCCGCGUCCCAUCUCGCCGUCCUCACCUCACCCUCCGGCGAGCCCCGGAUCACCGGCUCCGACCUGUCGCCGGUGACGCGCCCCGCGGGACCAGGCGUGUGUUUGGGGGAGGUGGGUGGUGCCAGACGCUCGGCCGGCGAGCGGGGACCACGAGGCGGCGACGAUGCCGGUGGCGGCGUCGGCCAUCUACUUCCUCAACCUCCGAGGGGACGUCCUCAUCAACCGCCUCUACCGCGACGAUGUCGGGGGAAAUAUGGUUGAUGCAUUCAGGAUGCACAUUAUGCAAACAAAGGAACUGGGUACAUGUCCUGUUCGGCAAAUAGGAGGCUGUUCGUUCCUUUACAUGAGGAUUAGUAAUGUCUAUAUUGUGAUCGUGGUUAGCAGCAAUGCUAAUGUUGCUUGUGCUUUCAAAUUUGUCGUGGAGGCGGUGGCUCUUUUCAAGUCCUACUUUGGUGGUGCCUUUGAUGAAGAUGCUAUUAGGAAUAACUUUGUUUUAAUCUAUGAACUUCUUGAUGAGAUUAUGGACUUCGGUUAUCCUCAGAACCUCUCACCUGAGAUCUUGAAGUUGUAUAUAACUCAAGAAGGAAUUCGGUCACCAUUUUCCUCCAAGCCUUCGGAUAAGCCUGUUCCGAAUGCCACUCUGCAAGUUACCGGUGCUGUUGGUUGGAGAAGAGAGGGUCUUGUGUACAAGAAGAAUGAGGUUUUCUUGGACAUUGUUGAGAGUGUAAAUCUUCUUAUGUCUUCUAAAGGGAGUGUUCUACGAUGUGAUGUGACUGGGAAGAUUCUUAUGAAGUGCUUCCUUUCCGGAAUGCCUGAUUUGAAAUUGGGGUUAAAUGACAAGAUAGGGCUUGAAAAAGAAGCUCAACUCAAGUCCAGGCCUACAAAGAGUGGAAAGACCAUAGAGCUUGAUGAUGUCACGUUCCACCAGUGUGUCAACUUGACAAGAUUUAACUCGGAAAAGACGGUCAGUUUUGUGCCACCAGAUGGUGAAUUUGAAUUGAUGAAAUAUCGAAUUACUGAGGGUGUAAAUCUCCCAUUCCGGGUUCUACCAACAAUUAAGGAAUUGGGCAGAACACGCAUGGAGAUAAAUGUUAAAGUUAAGAGUGUUUUUGGUGCCAAGAUGUUUGCGCUUGGUGUUGUCGUCAAAGUUCCAGUUCCAAAGCAAACAGCAAAGACUAGUUUCCAAACCACAUCUGGGAAAGCCAAAUAUAAUGCUUCAAUUGAUUCCCUAGUGUGGAAGAUCAGGAAGUUCCCUGGACAAACUGAGGCAACCAUGAGUGCAGAGGUUGAACUGAUUUCUACAAUGGGGGAAAAGAAAUCAUGGAACAGGCCGCCGAUUCAGAUGGAAUUUCAGGUUCCGAUGUUUACGGCUUCUGGGUUACGUGUGCGAUUCCUUAAGGUGUGGGAGAAGAGUGGUUAUAACACCGUUGAGUGGGUUCGCUACAUCACAAGGGCUGGAUCAUACGAGAUAAGGUGUUAGUGACGAACAGAAAAAUCCUAGGUAUUUGGCACGGUUAUUUCAAGGAUUCGCGGAGCUUUCUUUGUACGGCGUCAUGAAUGAUCAUAAAGCAUGUAUAUUACAUAUGACACCACUUUCUCUCAAAGCUAUUACUUUGGCAAAGGGCAGCGAACAGCAGACAAAUUUUCCUGGGUUCUUGUAAUCGUUUUGACACGGGAUAUCUAGUAUCCCCUCAAGAGUCCCGUUUGUGUGGUAUGGUAGGGCAUAUUUUCAUUUGUAUACGAGAUGACAGUAGCUCGUUCUUGUUGAUCAAUAUACUCAUUGGCAGUUUGUAUUGCUUACUUAUUAAAUUUAUGGGUGAAUUCACUGGCA